AUGUCGUCUCGCCCUUCAUACUCUAAUGGCCAUGCUCAGCCUGAAAUGAUGGCGAAAGCAGGACCGGGGCUCUCGCACACACGGACAACAUCAAUGGCCAAGUUGCCUACAGACGGGUACAACGUCGAUCCAGAUGAGAUGUUCACGAAGUACCCCGUAUCUGAAGUCAAGCUCAUGCAGCAGAGACUCCGGGAGGACGCUGACGCGAAGCAGGAGGAGCUGAGGCUCAUGGUUGGGUGCCGUAGAGAACGAUACCGCGACCUUCUCCAAGCGUCUACAUCCAUAAUUUCUAUUGCCAGAUCAUCGACCCGUGUCAAGGCGGCGCUGGAAGAGGCGAAGAAUGUUAUCCAGUCCCAGAAGCCGCCACCUGAACUAAAGGAUGCUUCCCUUCCCGGAAAUAAAGCUGACGCCCACCUUCAGACGCUGCAGUUGCUUUCGGCACAUAUGAAACUGCUUUUGGACGCCCCGGAGCACUUAUGGCGGCUGAUCGAGAAGAAACAGCACUUCACUGCUGCUUGGUUGUUUCUUCUAUCCCGCGUCGUCUAUCGCGCUCUGGUCAAUGAUGAUGAGCAAGAUGAAGACGCAUGGCAACAUCAGGGUAUCGACGUUCUGGAACAAUUUCCGUUGGUGCAACGGCAAUGGGAGGCCGUCUCCCAGUUUCGGUCACAGAUCAUCCACCGCAGUACACUGUUUCUUCGCGAAGUGACAAUGCCACCUGAGGACGCUUGCGCUGCUCUCCUUACCCUCCAUCUACUCGAUUCAAAACCUCUGGUUGAGACCUUCAACAUAUUCCUAGCCCAGCGAUCGAGAGCACUGCGAACUGCUUCAACUCCAGCUUCCGAAGUAUCCUCUGGUAAUGGACACAUACCAGCGAUGUCGCGUAAACGCAACACUGUCCCAAAACCGUCAGCCGUACGCGAAUACAAGCAGACGCUACAGACAGUGCUGUCGUCAAUCACAACUACUGUGAAGGCUUCCCGGAUUAUAUACUUUGACGGCCACGAUCAACCGUCAUUGCUCACCGGUGUACUACGAUAUAUCCAGGCCGAUUCUUCAACCUCUCAGCUGCCAUCCGUGUCAACUAAUAGCGAACUCCUCCUCACGACGCACUCCCUAUUAACAAGCCUCCCGUCGUCUGCCCAUCUCUUGCUAUUACCUGAGAACCUUCGUUCUUACAAACCUUAUGUUGACCUCUCCUCUUCCUCAUCGACAAUUCCGCAAGCUCAAGUCAAUCAAAAGCUUCAAGGUUGGUUUACAGACGCUUGCAAUACGUUUGUAAAUGGUGCAGGGCAAUGGAUGGCAAGCUUGCAAGAAGUUAAGGAAGUUUGGAACGUUCGGACUUUGGUACAUAAUUGGAUACAAUCCUCGACGGGGCUGGAGAAGCAAGAAUAUGGGCAACUGACGCAGAUAUUUGAUGAUAUAUGCCAUCAACGAGUGCUAUCAAUCUGGAAGACCUCUUUCUCUGACGCUCAAAUGGCCUUCAAGCGAAGUGUUAGCGAGGCCGUGGCGACUGUCAAUAAAAAUCCCAGCCCAGAGCAUCUAGAUGACCUGGAUUCCACUGGUUUUCUAUUCCAAGCGCCUCCACUCCCGGUCCUCCAUUCUGCGUCUACAUCCCUCGAAUCAUUUCGAAAGUACAAGUCUCGCUUACAACAACAGCUUGAGUAUCGCACAGCGUUGCUGGAUGAAGUGUUAUCCACGUUGGAGAAUUGUGCAAAAUCGUUGCAACGUGAUCUAGCAUGCAUUCAAUCUCGGGACAAUGUUGAUGCAAACCCUUCUGCUCAGCAUUUAAGAGCCGUUCAUCUUUCUGAGGCAAACGGAUUCUGUGAAGGAGUAGUGUCCAUUUUGCAAGCCGCUUCGAGUGACGAUAAUAAUGCACGCAACGGCUCUGCGUUCAUUGCUAGGAUAUCUGACUGGCUGUCCAACACACCGUCCCUACCCAUAGACCUGGGUUGCCAGAGAGGGGAAGCCAACUCGUUCUGUGAUAAUUUGCGCACCCUGAGCGAUCAGCUCGCGGAUCAAUGGAAACAAGGAACGAUAAUAGAAGUGAUUCGUGAUUAUCACAGCUCUUCGACAUCAUUUGAAUCUGUCGCAGUUUGGGCGCCGUCAUGUAACCUACUGGAUGCACUUCUCGCGCUCCAAUCUUUAAGCCAUCGCCUCAACGGCUAUCGCAAAAAAAGGGAUACCGAUCCGCUAGCAGAAUGGUUUCGUUCGUUCGUCUCUAAGCUAUUGGAAGAUGAAGAUCGAAUACAGCGAAUAGAAUACAUCGCAGACUUAAUGUGCCUACAGAAAAUUGCGGAUUCCCGGUCGGAAUGGGGCGAUAUUCAGGCAAGCCUGUCUCUAGCUAUCGCCAACAUUCGGACCAAGUAUCUCGACACUGCCCCGUCGGAACAGAUUCUCGACCAGGGUGUCUCUAGCUACCUUUUGCGGGCGCAGAAUUUGUUGGCGACGUUCCUGCAACCGCCUCUGGCAUUCAUUCCCUAUGCUGAUGGCGAAAAGUUCGGGGGACUUCUUCCGCAAGGAGUGCCGUCGACCGAUAAACAGUUCCAGCCUGCAUUCACUAUCGCGACCCCAUCGACUCGUUUUGGAUUGCUUCUACCCUCGGGCGUCCAGGAAGAGCUUUUGCGAUAUAUUCAAGCCAGGAUGAUUGCGUCCUCCCCUAACCUUGAGCAUCUCGCGCCCUACUUCUUCGCUCUUCAUCUCGCUGGUGGCCAUAUCGGGCUACCGAUUCUCCUCCUUACCUUCAUAUUCGCAAAGAAUGUCGUCCGCCAUCCGACCCUCCUUAAUUUCUGCAUAACGUGGAUCAUCUUUUCAAUAUCAUACUGCAUUCGGCUGUAUUCAUCCAUUUACCAUAACGUGACCACAGAUAGCUUUGACUGUAAGGUGCAAGCGAUCAUGGUACAUGGCGCACCACCAAUGGCAGCCGUAGCUGGUUUAUUUGUCGUCAUACAGGUCUUCACUGCGUUAUACUUCCCAUCCCCUCCAUCACCGCUCAAGCCCCGUUGGCCAGCGACACUCUGGCUACUACUCACACUGAUACUCCCUUACGUCGCCUUCUGCAUGUUUGCAUUACCAACAGCGAUCUUGAUCGAACAGUACCCUGAAUCGUUGAUAUCUCUCAACGCACUGUACUGCACGACAGAUAAGGAGCCCUUCCGUCGAUUCGGGGUGCCUAUGUUCUGCACUGUCAUCCUGGUUCUGGUUAUUGGUCUGGAGCUUGCUAUCGGCGUGCGAUACUGCCUCAUCCGGUCCCGCAUUUCGAGGGUGUUCCCGCUGGCGAAUCGACAAACAUCAGCAUCUAUGUGUGCUCGCGUUGGCAUUUUCAAUGCUUACUCGAUCAUUACAUUGAGUGCCGGUAUCUUCUUUUUGUCGGGUACCGAGAGUCCGUGGCCAUUCAUGGUUCAAGCAGCCUUGCCUCUAACCGCUGUGAUAGUCUUCGGUACCCAAAGGGACUUGUUCAUUACAUGGUGCUUCUGGAGGAAACACAAAGUGCAAUCAUUUCGGGAGCUCGACAAUGAUAUCCCGACCGGCCGUCCUAUGUCUCUGCCAGAUAUCGAGAGCAUCAAUAUUUCGUCCACAACCAUUACACCGAGUUAUACGACGGUGCAUGGGUCGCAGCGCAGCCUGACGUGA